AUGGAGAGAAAUCAACAGAGAUUGAGUACUCGAGAUGUCUUUUCAGUGGAUGCUUAUGGCCAAGAUGGCCACUAUGUUUUUCAGGAAAACAACAUCAACCAAACUCCAAUAAGAAGAGGCAUUAUACCUACCCAAAGAAGGAAUAACAUCAAUCUUGAGAGAAAUCAACCUAGGUUGAGUACUCAAGAUGGAUUGUCAGUUGAUGCUAAUGUGCAAGAUGACCGCUUUAUUUUUCCCGAAAGAAACAUCAACCAAAUUCCAGUCAGAAGAGACAUUGAAGUUAUUAAGAGACAUCAUCAUACCAAUCUUAAGAUAAUUCAAGUUGAAGAAGGAACACAGGAUUCUAAAGCCAUGACAUGUUCAAUUUGUCUUGUAGAUCUUUUAGUUGGGUCAAAAGCUAUCCAGUUUCCUAGUCCAUGUUUAUCAUAA